AUGUUGCACCGAAGGAUUCUUUGCCGGUUCAGCUUUCGACCAAUUUUCAUUGUCCUGUUGGCUCUGUCGUUGGGCGGUGUAUUCAUUCUUAAGGAAUAUGAUGAUUCAGUUAGCGUGAGCCAAAAAUACAAUGAAAAUUUUAAAGAUUUUGAAGCACCUCGAAAACCCGACAAAGAAGAACAUUUGGAUGUGGGCCGGGAAAGCAAAAAGAAAAGAGAAAACCUAAUUAUUGUGACACACGGCCGUUCAGGGUCCACUUUCAUUGGAAACAUCUUUAAUCACCAUCCAAACGUGUUUUAUUUGUUCGAGCCUUAUCAAACGGUGGAGCGACUUCAUGGAGCAGUAGCAACUGGCGAUCGAGAUUAUCAGGGGGAAGCCUUUGAAUGGAUGAAAGGAAUACUUCAAUGCGAUUUCGUGUCUACUAAACACGUGCAAGAUCUGGAAAGAUAUUACCGGAGAAGGUACAGAAAGAACUACAAUCCUAUAAAAAGUAUCUCGCUUCUUUCGCCACCGUUCUGCCCUUACAACACGACGCAUUCAUCAUGGUCUGCUGAAAGCUGUCCACCAAUGGAUAAAGAAACCUUGGAAGCGACUUGUAAAUCUAAAUACAACAUAACAGUGCUAAAGCCGCUGAUAGGCAGGAUGCCUAACGAAAACGUAAAGCAGUUGCUGUCAGUUUGUGACAAUGACCGGAUAAACUGCAAGUUUCUCUUCCUGGUUCGCGAUCCGCGUGGCAUAAUUCCCUCUUCGAGGGCCUUUGGGUUUUUUAAAGACGACGACGAUUCCCUGCUCGGGACACAUGAGUGGUCUAAAAAAAUAUGCAGCGCGACAGAAAUCAAUUUGAAUUUCUUUCGAUCUAUGUCCUCAGAUGAAAAAAAGCGUUUUAUGUUGUUACGUUAUGAAGAUCUGGCAAAAGAUCCGCUUAAGACUUUGCCAAGUUUAUUGAAAUUUGCCGGGCUCCCCGACGACAAAAAUUUGAGAAAAUGGCUGGAUCUCGCUUCUCAUCGUCCUGAAACUGAGAGUGAAAGAAAAGCUGCAGCCUGGCGACAGGACUCAUGGGAAGGAGCGGAAAGAUGGCGCUGGCUAGUUGCGUCUGACGUCAUCAGUGUCAUUGAAAAAUAUUGCAGUCACGUGAUGAGUGUGCUGGGCUACAAAGCCGUUGGUGGGUCGCACGAUUUACAGAAAAAUCUGACAGUUAAGUUGUUAGAGGACAGUUAUGAAGCUCUGCGGUGGUUUUGA